UCGAUCACGUCAUUUGACUUUCAUCGGCGGUGCGAAGCGCUUCGAGUCUCUGCCCAGUUCCCUCGAAAAGUGUCGGAUAUCGUAGAAAAUUGAUUGGUAAUCCGUUCGGUGGAAUCGUAAAAAAAGUUGCGUCGCCAUUUUGUUUUUGAUCAAUUUUCCGGCGCUUCGCAAGCUACCUGGUGAGAUCUUUCAAAGUUCAUUGAGUGGUGCAGUGACAAGUGAGUUGAGUGCCGUGAGUUGAAAGUGUCAAAGUGCUCGAAUUUGUUGUGUUGGUGAACACUGUUUAUGAGCUGACAAGGGGUCUAAAGAUUUGUAGGUAAUCGGUACUUGCGCAGACCAAGCUAAAGCUGGCCAAAUUUGAUGAGGACAGCCGAUGAGUAGCAACCGGUCAAGCGAUAGAGAUCGUAUUACUGUGAAGAUACGUAACAUGAAACGUAGCGCCUCGCGCGACUCCCCAGCAAGAUCAAAGAGGCGCGGAAGCAUUGGCCGUUACGAAGGAAGCUCGGACGAACGCGUUACCCCAGACAGGAUGAGACGACGCGUAGCAAGAUCCCCCAGUCCACGAGGCGGAAGUACCCGUUAUGCUUCUCCCCAUCGCGAAGAGUAUUCUCGUGGAGGGCGCGAAAGUGGAAGUGAACGGUACUCGUACAAGGUAUUGUGCGUUAGUGCUCUGCAUCCCAAGGCAUCUGACGAAUAUAUUAAAGAAUCAUUGUAUCGGGAGUACAAGAAAUUUGGAGAUUUUAGCAUUCGCAUUUCGCAUGAUUUGGACGAACGGGUAGCAUAUGUUUGCUUCCGCACGUCGGAAGAUGCUCGAGAGGCGAAACAUGCCAAGUCACGAAUUUCUUUGUACGACAAAGCGGCACUUGUUGAGCCAGUUUAUGAAUCGGCCAAAUCAGAAUCGUAUCGUAGACCACGUUCUUCCUCGCCGCAGGAUUAUGACCGACACUAUUAUGCCCGUUCUCCUGGAGUUCCACCGCCGGAUCGUCGCCGCCCAGAGCAUCACCCAUACGAUGGAUACGGACCGCCACCUGGUCGUAUGCACCAUCCGGACUUCCGCCCACCAAUGCAUCAUGAAUACAUGCCUCGUGGACCACCUAUGCAUCAUCAUGGACCACCGCACAUGCAUCCAGGUCCUCCUCAUCAUCACUAUAUGCCACGUCCGUAUCUUCCACGUCCAAGGGCUCCCUUCGACAAGAACGACACCAAGAAGGACAAAUUCCCCAACUAUCUACAUCACGUUCAACCGGAAGAUGAUCCCUUGGCCACUAGGACUUUGUUUGCCGGUAACUUGGAAAUCAAUAUCUCCGACGAUGAAUUGCGUCGUAUUUUCGGCAAAUACGGGAUCGUUGAGGACAUUGACAUCAAACGUCCGCCACCGGGAACUGGUAAUGCUUUUGCCUUCGUACGUUAUCAAACUUUGGAUAUGGCUCAUCGCGCCAAGGUUGAAUUGUCCGGUCAGUACAUAGGCAAGUUCCAAUGCAAGAUAGGAUACGGUAAAGCUACGCCCACAACCAGAAUCUGGGUAGGAGGCCUUGGUGCAUGGACUUCUGUCACUCAGUUGGAACGUGAAUUUGAUCGUUUUGGCGCCAUCAAGAAGAUCGAAUACAACAAAGGGGACACUCAGGCAUUUAUCCUAUAUGAUUCAAUCGAUGCCGCUACGGCUGCUGUGAAGGAAAUGCGAGGCUUCCCAUUGGGCGCUCCGGAUCGUCGUAUUCGUAUCGAUUUCGCUGAUAACGGAACAACGCCACCCUUCCCGAAGCGUGGAGGAGGUUUCGAUGAAGGUGGUGAAUAUCGUCGCGGUCCUGACUAUGAAUAUCCGGAAGGUUCCUAUGAGGAAAAUUCAUCGUACGGCUACGGGGGAAGACCUUUCCGAGGAGGUCGAGGAGGAUUCCGUGGACGUGGAGGUUUCCGGGGAGGAUUCCAUCGUGAUGGUCCACCACACCAUGGAGAUGGAGACGAAUGGCGACGAUCGGGAGCUGAUGGCGACUACGAUUCACGUCGUCGCUCAGGAUCCCGUGAACCCGGAAUCGACAGAUCUCGUUCUCGUUCGCCGCGGCGACGCAGUCCAGCUGAUUCCGAUUCGGAUUCGUCCACUCGUAGGAAUGGUAUGCUAUCGAAUGCCAGAACUUUACCAGAAGUUGCACGUAAAUCUACAACCGUCUGGCAAGGUGCAUUGAUUCUGAAGAGCUCGUUAUUCCCUGCAAAGUUGCACCUGACGGACGGUGACAACGAUAUAGUGGACAGUUUGAUGAAGGACGAAGAAGGAAAACAUCACCUUCGCAUUACCCAGCGACUGCGUCUCGACCAACCGAAGCUUGAGGAUGUGCAGAAACGUAUAUCUACGUCAUCGUCGCAUGCUAUCUUCCUUGGUCUACCGGGAUCGACAUCAUCCGUCGCAUCUUCCGACGACGCCAGCGUUCAGACACGUCCCCUCCGUAAUCUCGUGUCGUAUUUGAAGCAGAAGGAAGCAGCCGGCGUCAUUUCCUUGCUGAAUAAGGAAACGGAGGCAACCGGUGUGCUGUAUUCAUUCCCGCCGUGCGAUUUUUCAACGGAAUUGUUGAAACGCACAUGUCACAAUCUGACCGAGGAAGGGCUGAAGGAAGAUCAUCUGGUUAUCGUGGUGGUCCGAGGAGGAACCGCCUGAGUGAAUGAAGAGGGCACCGUUAGUAAGUAAGGUGAAUAUAAUUAUUCUUAAGCUAAACUGUUCACAUAACCCAACCAACGAACAAACGCGCGCAAGACCCAAUCAAUCAAUCAUCAUUAAAACACACUCAUCAUUCGAUACCAUCAGAAGCGCUUCUCCCCACAACAAUUACACCAUCUCUCCGGAUCGCAAACGAAAGAAAGAAACCAAUUUCGAGUGAGAAGACGGAAGAGUUGAUGGUGGUACCGCAAUUUGAAUCCGAAAUGUGUCCGUUUAAGAGACCCGUGUGUAACGAACGACGGAAGUAGUGAUGAUGAUGAUGAUGAUGGUGAUGACGACUAUGAUGAUGAUGAUGAUGAUAGUGCGAAAUGAUAUCGGAUCGCAGUGUGAGUGGAUGAAAGAAGUUGGUGGAUAUAGAGUUGGAAACUGCAGAAAAUGAUGACGUGCGCGCGCAAUUCGAGACACCGAACCGAACCGGAGUGGAGUGGAGUGGAGAUUAUGUGCAUCAGGCGAUGAUCAAGUGGAAGUGUAACAUCUAACGGUUGUUCGACGGUUUUUAGUACACAGAUGAAGAUGUAUGCUUUAAGAUAUGACUCUGUAAUUCACUUCCACCCGAGAAGAAGAAGGCAUCUUCCCCAGAAGACCCUGGUCUGCUGCAAAAUGUAUAAUUAGUUCACAUACAUUGCGAUAUUUUGUCACAUAAAGCAUUCUUCUUUGCUUUGUUUUAACUAUUAAUUUAUUACUAUUUCUGGGGUCGGGGAAGACACCUUUAUUUCCGGUUUCCCAUAACGAACGCGAGAAAGAGAUUAAUGUGCUUAAUUUGGUAUGGUAAUAACAUUGCAAAUGAUCGAAGAGAAAAGAGAAAAGCAUCUGUUUUAAUGUUUUAGAGAAGAAAAUGUGACUUUGGAAGCUACUAUUUAUUAAUAUGUACGGAACCAAUCUAAAAAACAGAAAAAGUGACAGAAAUUGCUUUAAAUAAAACGAUGAUUGUAUGAAAAUUUAGAGCAUUGUAAACCCAUAUUAGACUUUUGCAAUAAACCACUCUGUUUUGUGAAAUCAAGUAAUUACUAGUAAUCGAAGAACUCGAAGCAAAAGUAUCACGUGUUUAUCUUCACAUUGAAAAUGCAAACAUUAAUAGUUGAAAAUCAGUGCGUUCAAAAAAAAACUUGAGAUUUACUCAGUGAAUGGUAAUUUGACGUUUUAGUUCAGAUUUGUGAUAAAGUUUCGGUUCGGUUUUGUACAUCUAAUUUAUGCUGCUAAUGAUGAAGCAAGUUUUGUGUAAUCUUUCAUACUUCAGCCUAGCUUUUGACGGUGGUUUGUGUAGUAAGUGGUGUUUCAUGCUGGUGGAUCUCUGCAAAGACUCAAAUAAUUUAGCUCAACAUCCUGAGCUACUUUCGUUAACAUGGGUUAGUGUUUGCCAGUUUUUGAAGGAUAUAUGUCCAGUGCCUGGUUGUGAACGUGGCUUGAAAAUUUUGUGUUUGUGCGCCAAUGGUGAAUUUGAUCUGUUUACAAACUUUGAAUGUUUGUGAAUCAGGUCAUGUGCAUAUUGUGACGAUUCUUAUCUACUAUUCCCUUCUCUACUAAAGUGCAUGGUGAUUCUGUGACCAUUUCAAGGAAUUUCUUCUUGGGCAAACGUGUUUCAGUGCAUUGAAAAUAAAAUCUCAUUUCUUCUAUGAUUCCCCUUCCAGUGAUGUGUGCCAAAAAUUCAAUUGCGAGCUUCCUGUUUUGUGAGGAAAGUGUACGAAAAGCAAAGUGGGUUCAGUAUGGUGAUUGUUCAGAAAUUUUAAGUCAGUGUUUGCAACAGUGUUUUAUAGCAACACUGAGACUGCUGAACUUUGAUUCCCCUUCAUGCGCUGAGAAUAGAAUGUAGCAUUUGUUGUUAAAAUUCUGAUUUUAAAAUUGGUUUUACAAAUGUUACUUUGUAUUGUAAAGCGCAGCAUCACACAUGGAAAGUGAAUGCAACAUGUUUGGCCACCAGUAAUUAUGAGUGAGAUCUGCAGUUUUAGUAUAUGGAAAUAAUGGAAGAGAUUUUAUUAUGUUGAGUUCGGUUAUGUUAUAGUUUUCUCAAGAUGGAAAGAAGUUGAAAGUUGUGAGAGUGAAAUUCGAGCAAAAUUACCAAUAACACAAACUUACGUGGUUCAGAUAUAAAGCAAAGUUUCAGAGCGUUCAUGUUUCGAUAAACGAAAAUGCAGAUUGCAAAUAAUUGUUCAACAAAAGAUGAUUGUACUAGCUAUUCAAAUAAAUAAACAUAGUGUGCAUCGUA